UCCCACUCGGCAAACCUCGGCAGAUUCCGGAACCAUAGGGUACUGGAAUCUGUUGAGGUUUGCCGAGUGUAAAGCUCCUGCAGUAAACAAUCAAGAUGGCCGCCUUCACCAGCAUGGAUCAGCGAUACAGUCGUAUAGAACAAUACUAAAAGGGUUGCCUAUAAAGGAGUCUAUGAUACAGUUUCUAGACUAGUUAGAUUUAUUUGAAAGGAUUGAUAAAGUAAUCAAUUAGAAUGGGGAAAGUAAAGAAGAUCAGAUUGAAGUUACACAAUGCUUCUGCUAAGAGUAAAAUCAACGUUGACAAUAAAACAAAGGAAGAGAUUAAUUUACCUAAUGAAAUCCCAUCCUUAAUACCGGUAGAUAGUAAGAACAUGGUUAUCAGUGCCAAUUUAUUCAGUGGAAUGAAUAUAGAUAAAACAAAUUUAACUCAAAGAUUACCAGAUUUUGAUGCCAGAAGUGCCAUCACCAGUAAGACGCUAAAAGGUCUUAGUAUGAAGAAAAAAGAUAAAUUAAAGUUACGCAGAGAAUAUUUUAUGCAGAAAAUAAAUGCCAUUGAAGUAAAUAAAAAGAAAGCUAAAGAGAAAAAGAAGCGUAUGAAGACUGCUAUUGUUGGGGAUAUGUCCGUUAUAGAAGAUGCGUUACCUACAUUAGAUUUACUCAUGAAAACAUCCACAUCUAAGGACAGUGUGCCACAUGUACCGAAGAAUCGUUGCGUACAGAAAGCUAAAAACAGAGUUAAAAAGGGUUUGAAUAAUAUGAAGAUGUUUAAACAGGUUUUAAAGCAUCCAGCCUUUCGAAAUGAUCCAGGAUCAACAAUCAAUGAACACUUACAUAAUAAAAUGAAACAAGAGGAACAAUAAAUAACAUAAUGACUACCCAGAACUCCCCAUACAUUCAACGGCACCUUAUCCAAAAGGUGCUACUCCAUAAAUCUUACCAAGGCUGUUCAAGUAUUGUAGUUGGGAUUAAUAUGUAUUUUUAUGCACCCAUAUUUUCAUGUGGAUGUACUAUGCCAUCACCUCUGUCCGUUUAUCGUGGAUUAAAAUUGACCCCAACCUUGACCCACAGAAGGUUGUUGAUCUUCUACAGGAACAACAGAUCUUGAAUGAGUUAGAUGGCAUAUUGUUUUUGUAUUAUUUCUUUUUCCAUUGUCAUGAAAUGUAAUUAAUAAAUAGAAACUUUUAUGCAAAA